AUGGGCAUCAUGGGUCAUUGGAUCUCACCCGAGUUUGAGAAACGGGAAGAGCUUCUUGAGUUCACGGACAUAUGUGGACCGCACUCUGGGGAGAAUCUUGCGGAAAUCGUGAUGAGAAUGCUCGAGGAACUAGACGUCGCGCCAAAGCUUCUCACAAUCACGGGGGAUAAUGCUGCCAACAACGGAACCCUUUGCGAUAGCCUUCAUGCGGAGCUCCUCAAGAAAUAUGACGAUAAAAAUGACCAAUUUCGCAUCAGACCUCUUAUGCGGUUCCGUGGACGGCAAAGCUUCAUUCCUUGUCUUGCCCAUGUGAUCAAUAUAAUUUGCAGGGACGUACUGGCUUCCUUGAGGGCCGGCUCAGCUCGGGAGGCAAAGACUAUACUGGAUGAAAUGGCCACGCAAAGCAGCCCAACGUUCACCUCUGCUCACAGCACAAAAGGAGCAAUCAUGAAGAUCCGGCUGCUGAUUCAAUGGAUUGCCCGCCGCCCGCAGCGCCGCCAAAGUUGGAAAGAAGUGUCACCAGGCAAGCAAGUCGGCUACGAUGUUGACACCCGAUGGAACUCAACCUACAUCAUGAUAGCAGACGCCCUUCGGCUACAGAAGGAACUCGGACAAUUUGUUCGGAUGCAUCCAGAAGUUCACGCAAUUCAGCUUACCGAUAACGAAUGUUCUUGUCCGAUGAUCAUUGAGAGUUUGCCCAUCUAUUGGGGUCUAGAUGACCUGCUUGACGAUGUCCAAAAAGCCGAAGGUGAUUUUGAAGAUGUGGAUACCGAGAUCCGAGAUGCGGUGGAAAGAGGAAUCCAAAAGAUGAACAAAUUUGCAAGGAAGAUGGACACUAAUCUUCUAUACUACGUGGCUUCCGUCCUUGACUCGCGUAUUAAAUCGUCUUUGAUUGGAUCGCAGAUGAGCGCGCAAGAUGCGGGGCUGAUCAUCUCUCAGGUACGGGAAUUCUUAAAGGAGUAUCUAUACGAGCCGUCUAUGUCAUGUGUAGUGGACCGCCCGCCGGGUAUGUCCGAGACUAUGUGGAGGACGUUGCGGAAAGUACAGCCAUCACAGCGGACGCUUCUUUCAGACAUUGAUAGAUAUCUAGACGCGCCACCAGUGAGUUGGUCCCACCAUAUGAUUGAUGAUGCAGACGAAGAAUGGGUUCUCAAAUGGUGGAAGGCGAAUGUAUUUAGUUUUCCACUCAUGGCAAAGGCAGCUCGGGAUUACCUGCCAAUUCCAUCAGCAGAAGUAGGAAUUGAACGCGAGUUCAGCAAUGCAGAGAUGUAUUGGGGCUCAGGAAACACUGUCUGA